CGAUUACAACGAACGGUGACCGACCGCUAGAAGAUCUUCAUUUUCUCACAAACCAUUAAGAAGGCAUCUUCACAACACCAACAUCACACUGUACCACCAAUAUGUUCAUUGGUAUAACUUCUGCUGGUGGAAACGUAAAUUCGCAUUACGAUUACUUAAUUUGAACGACAAAAGAUUAUCGGUUACUUAGAGUAUUUUCUGUAAACAUCAAAAAUGGCCUUGGAUUUUAUUGCCGGAUGUAUCGGGGGUUGUGCAGGAAUAAUAGCUGGUCAUCCCUUGGAUACUCUUAAGGUACACAUACAGUCGGGGAGGGGAAGCGCACUAGAAUGUACUAAAGCUCUUUUAAAAGGAGGAACAUUAUCUACUGCAUAUCGUGGUGUAGGAGCACCUUUAGGUGGAAUCGCUGUUAUAAAUAGUUUAGUAUUUGGAGUAUACGGAAACACAAGAAGAUCUCUACCUUAUCCGGAUUCUCUACUGUCACAUGGUGUUGCUGGUGGUAUUGCUGGCUUCAUUCAAAGUUUCGCUUGUGCGCCCGUCGAGCUUGUCAAAACACGACAACAACUUGUUCGGCCAGGUGAGAAGAUGCCAACUGGUGCUUGGUCUGGAGCUCGACAUAUAUUAAGAACAGGAGGAUAUAGAGCAUUAUUUAAGGGUUUAGGAAUUACCAUAGCCCGUGACAGUCCAGCUUUCACAAUCUACUUUGUCUCAUAUGAAGCCAUGAUAAGAGGAGACCAUUCAGUCACGACUGUGUUCACUGCCGGUGGAUUAGCUGGUGCUUUAUCGUGGAUCCUUCUAUACCCAAUAGACGUAGUGAAAUCAAGAUUACAAGGCGAUGUCGAGGGAAAAUACAAGGGGGCCUGGGACUGUUUUCGUAAAUCAGUGCAAACGGAUGGGUGGCGAUGUAUGAGACGAGGAAUUGGUGCUGUGACCAUACGAGCUUUUAUCAGCAACGGUGCCUGCUUCACAGCUGUGGCGUGGACGGAAAGAGCCUGGCAGCGCUUAUUACAUUUCAAUUCCGCCCAAGCUGCAAAAAUCGGAGAGGCUGUGCGGUGUGAUACACCAGAAUAUUACGAAUUAUAGAAGAUUUCUAUCGGAUAUAAGUGACAAGUUAUAAACAACAAUUCAUGAAAAUUUAUGUAUUUAUAGAGUUAUUUGGUUGUAAGUUCCUAAGCUUUCUGUAAACAGAAUAACUGUGCCAGUGAUUUUUAUAUUUAUUUCUACAAAAUAAAUUAAAAUGAUAGUA